GUCCGGUAAGCGGGUGGUCCUGUGUCCUCGCUCGCGGCUCCUCGCAGAUCCCUCCUCGCAGCAGAAGUGGGAGCUUCGGGGCGGUGGUCGAGGUGAGGACCGGAACGAUUUCCGUGUCAGGCAGGGAUCUAACAACGAUCGAAAAAGGCGGAAUCCGCGGCUACGUUCAAAUAUCCGGACUUCGCCGCUCUCGCCGGAGUCGCGGACUUAACGGGCGCGUUUCCCGGGAAGCCCGUCGGUGUUGUGGCUGUCUAGAUCUACAAUUCAUCAAGUCCACGAGGGGCCUCAAGUGGCACUUGUGCAGUCUCCCAGAGACUCCGCACAGGGUGCCGGAAAUGCACCCAUAAUCCAUUGCUGAAAGAUCUCCUACAUUGGUAUGCAGAAGAGUUCAAAGACCCCAUGGUGCUGGAUCCUCCAGAAUGGUUCAAGUCCUUUAUUUUCUGCGAGGCUUUGUUUCAAACGCCUUUCUUUCCCAUUGCAGCUUAUGCUUUCCUAAAAGUAGAUGCAUUCUCUCCCUUCAGACCCUCAAUUGGCUCGGCAGCGGUUGCAGACGGCAGCAGGUCGCUCGAUAGCAACGCAAGGGCGGAACGUGUAGGGGGCGUAACUUGAAACAGGAGGUGUGUCUGGUACUUUUCUAAAGAACACCAAAGGACCACUAAGGAAGUACGAGAGUUUGUUGUUGUGGUGAAAAUGGCGGAUAGUGGAGAGCUUCAUGUUACCGUUUGCUUGGAAGGUGAUCCGCCUGGACCUUUUUGCAUAGGACCAGACAAAUACCAAUGCCAAUUUUGCAGCAAGGUGGGAGAGUACCCUGCUCUGGUGGCACAUAAGCAGACCCAUGAGAAAUCUGCUGUUAAACAUGAAGGUGGCUGUAAGUGGAUCAGGACUCCUGCCAUCAUGUAUUCCACACAUGUGGCCACCACACUGGUCCCAAUCCUAGCCCACAUCCUUUUCUAUCAGUUCCCUAUGAAACCCCACCGUGGUCCCCAGACUCUGCAGGAGCGCUGGCUCCUGGUCUUCAUAUAUGCUCCAUACCUGCUGGUACCUGUGCUGCUGCUCCUCACCAUGCUGCUGUCCUCUACAUACAGCUCCACUUCCAAGUCUGGACAUACAUCUGUCAAGACCAAGAAGACGAACUGACACAUUACCAGACUGCACCCGUCUCAUUUACUUUGAUUUUAGAAGAUAUUUUUUUACAUUUCUGAAUGCAACUUUGGUAUGUGAUAAACAUAUAUCUGAGAAGCUGUGUGAGUCGUACUGCAUAACAAUAUUAUUAGGAAAGAAUUGCCAUUGUUUAACCAGCCAGAAUGAGCACGUUCAGUGUUACUCUUUAUAACUGAUCCCUUGUUUGUUGGCUGUGUUAUGUGUUUUUAUCCAUACCAAAGUCAAAUUAAUGCAUUUAUAAAGGAGUCUAUAUGAAAUUAGGGUAUUAAUUUGAUUCUUUGAAAGGCUAAAUGUGGUAUGGUGGUUCACAGGGCCAGGAUGGUUUUUAUCAGAGCGACACUAGUACCAAGAGCACCACAGGGUCAGUCUCCAUAUUUAUGUAAUUGGGUCUUAACCUGAGAAAAAUAAUAGUUCUUCUCACAGCCCAGCUGUAAAGUCUGUCAGUAUACUGGUUAAUCAGAGUUCCCCAGAAGGAAAAAAGAUAAUGCCACUGUUUUAUGCAAUUUUUACACCUUAAAAUGUUUACACUCAACACAACUCCAUUAAUAUCCCUGACAUAAUUUGAUGGGUGGACGGUGACUUGAUGUGUUUUGCUUUUAGAUACUAUCUGCUUUCGAAAGAUAAACUAAUGUUUCCUCUGUCCUGAUACAACGUGUAUAAAAGAUGGCUUUGGAGUUGUAGAGGGUUUUUUUUAAUCGAAGCUAACAGUUUUUUGUGCUUGCAGCAUUUAUGGUAAAUUAGGAUAAAUGUGCAAAACAUAUCUGCAUGUCUGCUUAAUAUGAUGCUUAUAUAUCCCUGUCAUGGACAUAUUAAGUCUCAGUUUGUAGAAAUAGUGUGAAACUUCCAUGGGAAUUAAUACAUUUGCAAUCUACUGUAUAGUCAUAGCCUUGUAUUUUUAUAAGCUAGAGAAAAGUCAGACACACUGUACAUUCUUCAAGUUAUAAGACCCCUGUGACUUCUAUUCCUUUUGUAUGGGUUCAGAACUGUUUCCACUAUUGCUAUGCAGUAGUGGAUGAGUGCUAAUAUUUUAUGCCCUCCUUAGCAAUUACUGUAUUAUAGUUCUUUUUCACAGCAGACAUAUUGACAUAGGUUUUCCUAGAAACAUUAACGAUAUCUCUAUUCUAUUCAAGCAUGUACUCUGAAGCAGCUCAUUGAAAUUCAACCUGUGCACCAGUGCUUUUGCUACUGUAAAAUGUCAAAAUGUCUUCUGUGAAGAAGGCCUAUUGAUUACUGGGUAACAUUGUGUGAUAGGUUUCUGAAGUGAGUUCCUCUCUGUUCAUCCAUGGCUAUAUAGGUAAGUACCAGCACCAUCAUAAAGUCUGCUAAUAGUAGUGGAACUGGUAUCUGUCAUUAUCUGUCUGAGAUGAGUCAUCUUGUAGAGAGGAAGGAACACUUUGGGGUUUGAUGUUCUGACAACAACAAAACAAGGGUACUUAUUGCUGACUUCAGAAAACAACAUAUGCUCCAUGUGUUUUAGGGAUAUUCCUUGACAUACACAUAUUACUAAAGACCUAAGAUGGUCUAUUAACCUAUUCAUAUAUCCUUACUUAAGAUGUCACAGCAGCAUCUACAUUUCUAAGAAAAAAAACUUUAGAAGCUGCACUGCAAAGCGUUGUUGUUGUUCUGGUUAGGGUUCGCCACAGUGGAUCACUACAGAAUGUUCCAUUUGGCAUAGGUUUUUUAGACAGGAUGCCCUGUAUGCAGUGUGCUAAAAGACUUACAGACACCAGUGCACAUGUGCCACCAACAGUACAACAACAGUAUACAGUACAAUACACUGAGUUCUGACCAGUUAAUAGUACACCAUUACAAUGUAAUACAAUCAAGUGCAAACAUUCUGCAAUCAAUCCUGUCUUUGUAAAGUUUAUAAUGAAAAAUAAGCCAAUACACGUAUUAUUCUUUAACUCUCUUUAGACAUCUUUGGGAUACCACAAGAAUGAUAAUGAUAGCUCAGAGUGCCUCCAGAUGUAUUUCAAACAUGAUUUUAUUGGACUGCCUGAAAGUCUUACUAACAUAUGCUUACAUCUCAGUAAAAGCUUAACAGGCACACCAUUAACUGGGUGUAACUGAUGUAACAAGCCAGAAAAUGAUGAGAGGGACAUUUUUCGUCAUCACAAGAGUCCGUGGUCAUCAGGUAAUUUCUUCUCUCACUCUAAUCUAUAGACUAGUAUCUGGUCUCCAUAUGAAUUCACAACAUUAUAAAAGUCCAAUAUUAACUUUUCAAAGCUGAGAAAUGACCUUUGAAAAGUUGAUAUAAGUCAAUGUCAUAGUCCAUUGUUUUAAACAAUUACAAAAACACUGGUUUACGAGAGGAGGUAGCUUGCUUGUAAACAGGACUUUUUGACUUAAAUGAGUAAACUUGAUCUCCUCUGUUAAGUCAUCCCAGAGUCUAUGGGCCCUGUUGACAAAACUUCACUAACCUUUGUUCCUUACAGACUUUGGAACAACUCAGCAGCAGAUGUAGAGGUAAAAGAUCUGAGGUUUACCAGAACGCCAGGCCAUUUUUUGCUAAAAGUAUCAACAAGUAAUUUUUGACAAUUUCCCUCACAGGAUCAAUAAAGUAUAUUGAUCUAUUGUAAAAUCGGCUCCUAGGUGAUGCAAAGAUUGCUGUGACAUGUUCUCAUUUUAUUGCUAGUUAAAGCCCGGUAUCAAACUGUAAGCAGAGGAAAAAGAAUCAGUUGCCCAAUGGAGUGAAGAAAAUCACAGUAGUCCAAACUAUGUAUUAUGAAACGGUGAAUAAUGAUUACUGAUGUACUUUUUAGGCUGGCAGCUAAUAGAUUUUUAAUGAUUUAAAGCCAUAUAUAUACGUGGAAAUAUGGGUCAAGUCACAUUUACUCCUGUUAAGGUAUACGCGAACAAGGCAAUGUCAAACCCUGCUGGCUGAGAGUUCCUCUUGAUUCCUAGGAGGUUAGCAGGGACUACUGUCAGUGCCUACUUUAUUUACUGGAUUAAACAGCUAAAAAGCCCAGGGCCCCAAGGUACAGCGGAUCCUACCCCUGGUAUAGAAGAGAGACAGACCAAAGGAUUUUUCUGGCUGCUCGUCUGACCUUUUCUUGGGCAGCACACAGCUGCUACCAGAGGGCAAAAUACUGGAGCAGCUUUGGUUGGUGUAGUAGGACUGUUUAAGAGUUGAAAAAGUAAACAAAUUGGUCAACCUAUGUUUCUAGUUCCUUUUUCAGCCAAUGACUAGAGUAUUAAUAUUAGAAUACCUAUCUUUACUGGUUGAUUGUUGGAGGUGUAGGCUCAUGAUUCAACUCAGAAAGAGCCAAAUUUUUGUCUGUGGAAAGAGGAGGUUUGUGUUCUGCUUUUCACUUGGCUGCGAGAGAAAUUUGCCUUUUAGGGACAUAAAGUUAGAGUUGUAGA